GUGACCGACUUGACCCAAAAGUCCGCGGGUCCGGUGACGCGCGCCACGCGGUCGGUGAACUUGCCAUUGACGGGCGCGUGCACGAUGCUGAGGAAGCUACCGGGCGUGGCUAGGCGGGAGGCGGUGCGCUUCAUCGCCGUCAGCCAGUACCAGGCGGGCGCCUUCCUCAACGCCGUCCCCUCGCGCCGCGACUUUCGUAUCCCGACGUGGGCGCUGCGCAUCGCCGUCCAGCGGCGCCUCGGGCUACCACUCGACGAGGCGCUCGCGCGGGGCGCGCUGACCUGCUCGGCGCGCGGCGGCAAGGACCCACUGGGCGACGCGGCCAGCAACAUCGGCCGCCUCGGGCACUGCGGCCGCCAUAACAGCCUCCUCGCCGCCCUGGCCAAGGUCAUGCGGAGCGUGUGGGGCAUGCUCGUCGAGGUGGAGCCGCGGGACCACCUCGGCUACUCUAACGACUACCGGCCCGACGUCUCGGUGGCGGGCGCCGGCCGCUCGCGCUCACGCCUCGUCGGCGACGUCAAGUUCAAGGACCCGCUCUCCUCCAACCCGGAGGACGUCGGCCAGCGAGGCGCUUUCGUCGGCCUCGGCAACACCGAGCCCGGCACGAGCGCGGACGUCUUCGGCCUCGAGCAGCGCGGCGCUGUCGGGGACGGCGACUUCAGGCCGAGCGACGGCGGCGGCUACGUGGCGUACAAGAAGGCGGACUACGCGCACGCCCUCUCGCGCUCUGACACCGACGUGCAGAUGUACCUGUUCGAAACCUUCGGCGGGUGGUGCAACGCGGUCAAGCGGCUGUUCUACCAGAUGAAUGAAUGA